AUGAUAUCUUACAAUAUCAAUAUUAAUUAUUGGCAUUUUGCUUUAGCUAUUGUUGUUGUUGUCUUCAUUCCAAACCUCAGUGUUGCAAAACAAUCUAAAAUAGAUGGAUUGAAAAUGAAUGUGAUUGAUCAAUGUUGGAGAUUAAAUCCUGAAUGGAGGAUGAAUCGACCUCAAUUAGCAACAUGUUCUAUUGGCUACACUGGUAAGAUGACAAACAACACUGGGAAAGACCUCAUCCAUUAUAAAGUUAUUGACCCUAGUGAUGAUCCUAUAAGUCCUAAACCUGGUACCUUGAGAUAUGGAGCUUCUGUAAUUCAAAGUAAAGUGUGGAUCACAUUCCAAAAAGACAUGCAUAUUAAACUUGAAAAACCCCUUCUUAUUAGUAGUUUUACAACCAUUGAUGGUCGAGGCAUUAAUGUUGACAUUGCUGAAAAUGCAUGUUUAAUGAUCUUUAAGGCCACAAAUGUAAUCAUCCAUAACAUUCGACUUCAUCAUUGCAAACCUCAAGCUCCAGGGGUUGUGAUGGGACCAGAAGGAAAGGUGAUUCCUUUAGGCCAUGUAGAUGGAGAUGCAAUAAGAUUGGUUACUGCUUCAAAGAUUUGGAUUGAUCAUAAUACACUUUAUAAUUGUCAAGAUGGCUUACUAGAUGUAACACGGGGUUCAACUGAUGUGACUAUAUCUAAUAAUUGGUUUAGAAACCAAGACAAAGUCAUGCUUCUUGGACAUGAUGAUGGUUAUAUAAGAGAUCAAAACAUGAAGGUUACUCUUGUAUACAACCACUUUGGACCUAAUUGUAAUCAACGCAUGCCCAGGAUUCGUCAUGGGUAUGCACAUGUAGUCAAUAAUCUUUACUUAGGAUGGGUGCAAUAUGCCAUUGGUGGAAGUAUGAGACCUAGUCUCAAAAGUGAAGCUAAUCUCUUUAUAGCACCAACAAAAGGGAGUAAAGAGGUAACAUGGAGAAAAAAUAGCCAAGGAAAUGGAGAUGCAUGGAAGUUUUAUUCACUGAAAGACGCAUUUGAGAAUGGAGCUUCUUUCACAAUGACAAAAGGAGGACACGUGCCAAAACCAAACUAUAAUGAAGAACAACGUUUUAGUGUUGUUAAUGUCAAAUAUGUAAGAUUAUUAACUCGUUCAUCAGGUGUAUUACAAUGUACUACAACAUCUUUAUGUUGA